GGCGGGAGCCGAGCGCGCGGUGGCAACGAGGGCAGGAGUGCUUGCUCCCCCGCCGCGCGUUGAGGCUUUACGGUAAUUCCGCGGGGCUCGCUGCCCCGCCCUCGUGCGCAGGCGCAGAGCCGUUGCCCGCCGAGCGGUUGCCGGCGGAGCGGUUUCCAGAGCGGCUUUGCAGUGAAACCGCUUGUGCAGGACCCGCCAGGGCGGCUCGGCCGAGCCUGAAUCCCCGGCGUCCGCCUCCUGCGGCGUCCUCGGAUCCUUCGCCAUGAACCCCAUAGUCGUCGUGGUCCACGGUGGCGGAGCCAGCAGUAUCUCCAAGGACCGGAAAGAGCGGGUGCGCCAGGGCAUCCUUAGAGCCGCCACCGUGGGUUACAACAUCCUCAAGCAGGGAGGGAGCGCCGUUGACGCGGUGGAAGGAGCCGUGACAGUGCUGGAAGACGAUCCCGACUUCAACGCAGGUUGUGGAUCUGUCUUGAACGAAAACGGGGAGGUUGAAAUGGAUGCCAGUAUCAUGAAUGGGAAAGACCUGUCUGCAGGGGCGGUGUCUGCAGUCCGCUGUAUCGCAAAUCCCAUUAAACUCGCACGACUUGUUAUGGACAAGACACCUCACUGCUUUCUGACUGACCAAGGCGCAGCAAAAUUUGCAGCAGCCAGUGGGAUUCCAACGAUUCCUGGGCAACAGCUGGUAACAGAAAGAAACAGGAAGCGCCUGGAAAAAGAGAAGCUUGAGAAAGAUGCUCAGAAGGCGGACUGUCAGAACAACUUGGGGACUGUGGGUGCUGUUGCCGUGGACUGCCAGGGAAACCUAGCUUACGCAACCUCCACGGGGGGCAUCGUCAACAAGAUGCCAGGCCGAGUCGGGGACACGCCGUGUAUAGGAUCUGGAGGUUACGCUGACAAUGACAUCGGAGCCGUCUCGACGACGGGGCACGGUGAGAGCAUCCUGAAGGUGAAUCUGGCCAGACUCGCGCUCUUCCACGUUGAGCAGGGAAAAUCACUAGAAGAAGCUGCCAACGCAUCUUUGGGUCUUAUGAAGUCAAAGGUCAAAGGCGUAGGUGGUAUCAUCAUGGUCAACAAAGCAGGAGAGUGGGCGGUGAAGUGGACCUCCACAUCCAUGCCCUGGGCAGCUGCAAAGGACGGCAAGCUGCACUCGGGAAUUGACUUCGGCGACACGAGCAUCAUCAACCUGUCCUAAGCCCCCAGAAGCUGUAUUCUAGAAGCUAGCUUGGAGGCGACGCACGGUCUCCUGGUGUGGAGACCUAGCUUCAUCAAUUAGAUCUAGAAAUAGAAAAAUGCUGCAGUCUGUCACUCGUUUUGUUGCCUUGAUAAGUGUCUGGUUGGGGGCGGAUUCCAAAGUGUACGAGAAAUGCCCAUGUUAAGGUAAAAAUAAGACCAGUGAAGAUGGCAAACUCCAGGGAGCCCUCCUCAUGAAUAGUCCCCGUUGUCUGAGGCUAGAAAGAAGAAACAGCAAGAUCUUUACAGAAAGGGCCUCGAUGUAGGGAACGGCUUCUGGAGUUGGGGGACCUACAGCAGUGACAGAGGCUAUAGGUUCAAGGGUGCGGGGGGUUCGGAGGAGAGGGCUCUGGGGCAGGACCCAGUGCAGGGCGAGGCGGGCAGGAAGGAGCCAGUGGAAGCAGUGAAGGGGAGACGGCCACAGAGUUAAUGGAACGCUGAAUGUUGCAGAGCUCAUUCGGAGUCAGAAGAACAUUAGGCAAAAGAAACAGAAAAACUGGUUUUGUUAAGAAAGUGCAGAUCUCUGACUUACCAAUACAGACGUGUUUCCAGAUGCUGUAAAAGGACCCUCUGCUGACCCCUGGCUCUCAGCUGCAGGUGAAAAGUCGUCAUGGGCACCCUGGAGCCCCUCCCAAGAUUAAGAGCUUUCUCGGGCUCACUCCCGAGCCUGCUCACCUUGUUUCCCCGCCCCCAGCCAGCUUCCGCCUCCCAGAGCCUGGUUCUUCACAGUAAACCGUGGGGCUAUUGACCUCUCUGCCUCUCCUACAACAGGAAGAGCCAGUCAGUGUCCAGAUGACCCCGACUUAACAGCGUCCGUGACUGUCCAGUGCUGUGGGUUCCCCCAGCUGAACUGGGUGUCCACUGUGGUCAGCAUGGUAGAGAAAGGCAUUUCCCUGGUGGAGAGUAUUCCUAUUAGCCUCUUUACACUGGAGACAGUAUUUUUGCUAUGACAUAUCUGCUCAUUUUUUUAUAACCUGUCAGGGCUUGCUUUCUCUCUGGAAAGAAAUUGCUUCACUUUAAAUUCCAUAUGCCACUAAUAAAAUGCAUUUUGAAAGAAUAA